AUGUGGGAAUCAGGCCUGGACCCGUAUAACAUCUACGCCAAACGCGCUGGAGGUGUGAACACCACAAGCAAGCUGAAUAUUUCGUCAAGACGGGACUGGUGGCCACUUUUAGGUGACAAAGACAACAGUUACCAAGGAACCACACAUUCCUUCUCAGAUGAAUCCGUGCUUGUUACAUAUAUGAAUAGGCCAGACGUGAAGAAAGCUCUUCAUGUCCCUCCCGGUCUUCCGAACUGGGUUCUUUGCAGCAACUUGCCAUAUACACGAAUCUAUGACACGAUGAAGGACAUAUAUCAGAUGUUGCACGGAAUGAUGCACAUAAUGGUGUACAACGGAGACCUUGAUAUGGUGUGCAACUAUCUCGGAGACGAAUGGUUUGUGGAAUCCUUCGGUCUUGCAAAAGCUGGAGCAAGGAAGCCUUGGUUGUAUCCUGACUCAGACAGCACAAAGCAAGUCGGAGGUUUUAGAAAGGACUACAGCGGUAACGUCAGGCUGGUCACUGUGACCAACCAAGGAAAGCUUUGCAAAUGUUCUCAGACUUUAUCAGAAAUAAUUAAUAACUCAUUAACAGGGUCUUUGAUUAAGCUGUUGGUCAAUGAAAAUAGUUGCUUGGAAAUCCUUUUGCUAUCCGCUUCAGUUUCUUCAAAGAUGUAA